AAACAGAACCGGAUUCGUUAAGGAAAUAACCCAAAAUCUCUGAAACACGAGAACAUUCAUUACUUUAACGGAGAAUGGCCUCGAUUGUCGGAGUUCGAACAAGAUUCCUGAGUCUCGGGAAGUUUCCACAAAUCUCUACUUCACUGUUAAGACUCCAUAAUCCUCGUAAUCAUCAUAAUCCUCCUCUUCUUCCUCUUCCUUCAUUCUCUGCCGCUCAUAGUCGUCAUCGUCCUCUGCUUUGGCUUCGCUCAUCUCUGCCUGUGUCCUCCAUGACCACUCAGGCUGAAUCUGGGUCUUCCCAGCAAUCCGAUUCUUCCAAAACGGUUAGGGUGGUGAUAAAGGGAAGAGUACAGGGAGUGUGUUACAGAAACUGGACUGUUGAGAACGCUGAGCAGCUUGGGGUUAAGGGAUGGGUGAGGAACCGCAGGGACGGUUCAGUGGAAGCACUCUUUUCUGGACCACCUGAAGCUGUUGAUGAGAUGCAUCAUAGGUGUCGCCGUGGUCCUCCUGCAGCCAUGGUUACCGGUUUGGAGGCUUUCCCUUCCACUGAAGAUCCGGGAUCAAGUUUUGAAUACAGAUCAACCGUCUGAUUUUUUUUAACAGAACCAUGUUCCGUGCCAACAAGAAGAAAUACUGAAGAUUCCACAAGGAAGAAGAAAACUUUUGUUCUCCAGCAGUAGUUGCAGAAGAUUCUGAGAAAAUUUACGUAAAGAACAACGAGAAAUGUAAUGAAACAGAGUUUCAUUC